CUUAUAAAUAAAGUUUUAAUAUUAAGUCAUAGCAUAUAUUUCAUAUAACAUUAUAUAUUAUUAUAAUAACUUCUACUGCUAAUAAAAAUUACAUAAAUGAUUCAUUUCGAACUAAAAUCAUGUGAUCAUAUCAGCCAAUUAUAGUUUGUAUUUGGUGAUACAAUCAGAGAUAAAUUCUUUUCAUUGUGUUUGAACCUAACGGAAGAAAUGUCCACUCAAGUCUUGACCAGGGAGACCAGGCAGAUCUCCAAAAUCAAUCAGAUCUUUACGAAAAUUAAUGAAACAUUAACUCGAACGCGAGAUCAAAACAUUAUCAAGAUCGAACUAGAUAAAUUUGAUGACCAUAUACGUGAAGCCGUGCACAGUAUAUACAAAGCUGAAAUAAUCAAUAAAGAUAUUUUUAUCAAAAUUGAUGGAGGACUUAAAACGACUAUUCACUUUGAUCUUGUGAUUUCUGCUCGUGCACAUAAUCCAAAUUGGUUUGUAGUACCUACUACGACAUGUAUUGUUGGUCCCAAUAGUUAUGGACCCGACGUUGGAAUAUGGUAUAUUAGGCCAACGUUUAAUCAACUGGGACAUCCAAUUCUAUAUGCAUGUCCGCCGCCUAACGUAUGGAUAGAGGUUUUUUAUAACAAGGACCCGGAUCGUCAGCAUGCCUUAAAUAAUUUUAAUGACGUUCAGCAAAUUAAUCCUACAAUUGAAUUUGUGGGAAUAGCUCUCCCUGAUAUGAUUCGUUGCUACCGUCAAAAUCCUGCUCCUGGGGUAGCCUCAGUUCACGUAAAGCCGGAGAAUGAUCAAACUGCUAGACCUAGUCGCGGUCCGUACCUCAUACACUGGAAUGCAAACAAUAUUCCGGUUUAUUACAAGUUUGACUGGAACGAGCAUCUGGAUCUCCGAUGUGGGUGGAGGCUUCAACUGAAUAUUGUUCUGGACGUAAUUUCUCAGCCUUAAAUGAUUAUUAUAUAAUAAAAAAAUAUUAGAUUAGAUGGAUUGAAUAAUUGAUUAAGGUAUUGAAAUAGUGAACAUUACACCACCCCAGCUCCUGCAUUAGUGUGUAAGUAGAAAAUUUUUCUCAAUACAUUUCCUAUGAUAUACAUGUCCGCAGGGUAAUACAGUAAAUGGUUCAAAAGUUGACAUAAAAUAUGUCAAUCGCAUUUCGAGCAUUUCGCAUGCUUCGUAAAAUCUUUAUCCUUAACAGUAUCAUCCCCCUAGCUAGAGGUCACAAAUGCUGGAAAGAGUCAUGCUGGUUUUCAGGAACCUAUAAAUGAAAAAAUGUCCGUUAAUAUACACUUCGUGUCGUCAUUGCGCUAAUCCCCCUUGUAAAUCGUAGCGAUUAACAUACCUCAUAACCUCACGCGGAUAAACAUUCCAGGUGUUUGAACGAAAAAUAAUAUAAAAUCCUUUUAAUAAAAUUCA